CCGACGCAGUGGGACAAGAUGGCGGCAAGGCCGAAGACCUUGACGGGGGAAGGUGUGCCGGACUCGCUUUCGGCGAAGUACACCGGGUCAUUUGCAUACUUAACUAUUAGAGACAGACUGCCACGGAUACUGACUAAAGCUAUUGAUUCAGUACAUCGACACAUGGAUACCUUUUUUGAGAAACAUGGACAAGAAGGUGUUGAGGCAGAAAAGAGAGCUAUCUAUCUGUUGGCUAAGUUACGAAAUGAGGUGCAAACUGACAAGCCAGCACUACCACUUACAGAUGGAUUACCUGAUGUUGACUUGUGGAAUGAAUACCUAGAACAGCAACAAGCUAGACUGGAUAAUGAUGAAUGCCCCAGCUGGUUUAAAUCACCCUGGUUGUACAUGGAAUGUUACAUGUACCGUAGGAUUCAGGAAUCACUACAACUCAAUCCUCCCAUGUGUGAUUUUGAUGUAUUUAAUGAAGCAAAGACCCAAAGUUUCUCAGGGUCACAGCAAGCUAUCAUUGCUCUUUGUACCUACUUUCUGGAAAUUAAUAAGAAAAUAGAACACUUUAAGGAUACUCAACUCAAAACUGAGCUUUUUCUGCUCAUGCAGGUUGCACUGUGGGGAAACAAAUGUGACCUUUCCAUUUCUGCUGGCCAGGACAACUCUCAGUCAUUCAAUCCUUUAACCACUCUGGAAUCUUUGAAGCCUUUCAUCCUGGUAGAUGAUUCUGAAUGUGUUUGGGAACUCCUCAUUAAUAAUAAGAAAAACAAAACCUCAGAAGCAACGUGUACCCGCGUAGAUAUUGUUCUUGACAAUUCUGGAUUUGAGCUGGUGACUGAUUUGAUACUAGCAGAUUUCCUUAUAACCUCUGGACUGGCUGAUAUGAUUCACUUUCAUGGCAAAAACAUACCUUGGUUUGUUUCUGAUACAACCAGGAAAGAUUUUGAUUGGGUGCUAAAAAAGAUGAAGGAAGCCGACUACAUGCAGAUGUCCAGGUGUGGUAUGGUGUGGGAAAAGAAUCUGAAGCAGGGAAUUUGGAUUUAUCAUGAUCACCUUUUCUGGACCGCCCCUCAUGAAUUUUGUGACAUGUCUGUUGCAGCACAUGAUUUAUAUGUUGAACUAAAGAAGUCAAAUUUGAUCUUUUUUAAGGGAGACCUGAACUACAGGAAACUAACAGGAGACAGAAAAUGGAACUAUACUGUUUCUUUUGACACUGCCCUACGUGGGUUUCAUCCCACAGCACUUUGUAGCUUGAGAACACUGAAAGCUGAUAUUCAGGUUGGCUUAAAACCAGGGCAAGGUGAGCAACUGGAUGUUUCUGAUUCUGAAUGGAUGACCAAUGGGCGCUAUGGCGUCAUUCAGUUCAGCAGUACUUAUCAAAAAUGACACUUACAAAUCUACCUGCAUGAUGUACCAGCAAGUGUGUCUGGCUGAUCAUGGGUCUGCUCUGUAACAGUUAGCAUGUUUCUUUAUUGUUUACAGAAUACAUACUGAUCUUAAGCAAGUUAUGGUCUAUUCUAAGAUUUUUAUUUAAUUAUUUUGAGGCAAGGUUUUUAGGAAUAUUCUUUAAAAUCUUUAUAAAUCUACCAGAGUGUUAGCCUUGCAGAAAACAAAUGUUUUUCUGUGAAAUACUCCUUUAGUGUUCAAUUAUAAAAUUAUCAAUGUUAGUUACUGGUGAAGUAUGUGUUCAUUCGUGAUUAAAAUCGUUGCUAGUAUUGA